AUGUCCGCUAGUUUCAUGACAGAAUUCAUUCCCGAUGAAGUUCGACACAAUAUUGAUCAGCCAAGUCUUCAACGAAAGUUUGUUGGUAAUUUGUGUGAAAGCUCAGACAGAUAUGUAAUAAAUGUUCUACAGUGGAAUAUAUUAGCCCAAGCACUAUCGUAUUCGGAAGGAAAUUUUAAUCGUGUUAAAAGUGAGAUGGUUCAAUAUGAAACGCGCAGAUGGAGAAUACUUGAACAAAUCCUUAUUCAUCAACCAGAUCUGUGUUCACUGCAAGAAGUGGAUAUAUACAAUUGCUUUCUCAAAGAACAAUUACGAAAAUAUGGUUAUGAGUGUUUCUUCACUGAAAAACCCAAUUCCAGAUGUCUUUCUUUCCAGCAUGAUCAGAAAAACUUCAAAGGACCCGACGGUCUUUUACUUUGUUUUAAAACAAGCACUUUCAAAGAAAUUAGUCGAAAUACUUCAGAUUUACCAAACGAUGGCCGUUAUGGUCGACAGGUAUUUUCAAUUCUCGAACUAGAAUAUCUUCCAUUAUCAUCUCGAGUGGUAUUUAUCGGUACACAUUUCAAAGCUAAAAAGCAAUUUGCCGCAUCUCGUACAAAUCAAGCUGCGACUAUAGUCACUUAUGUCAAUAAUAAAUAUCCGACAAGUACCAAUUUAAUCAUUGCUGGAGAUUUUAAUGGUCAACCAGAUGAGCCUUGUUAUGAUGUCUUGAUCAAAUCUGGUUUGCAGAGUGCAUAUCGAACAUUGAUGAAUAAUCAUGAACCAGCGUUUACAACUUGGAAGUUUAAAUCCCGAGAAGAGAACAAAGAGAAGGAGGAAAGUGCAACGAUAGAUUAUAUUUUUUAUCAGCCGGAAAAUUUGAUACCUAUCGCCUACUUAGCAUUUCCAGAGAAACGAACAAUUGGUCCUAAUGGUCUUCCAUCUGCCACUUAUCCUUCAGAUCAUUUAGCUCUUCAAGUUGUAUUUCGCGUAGAAAAGUAA